CGCGGGAGCCGCUCGGGCCGCACCAUGCGGGAGCUGGCCAUCGAGAUCGGGGUGCGAGCCCUGCUCUUCGGGGUCUUCGUUUUUACAGAGUUUUUGGAUCCAUUCCAGAGAGUCAUCCAGCCAGAAGAGAUCUGGCUCUAUAAAAAUCCUUUGGUGCAAUCAGACAACAUACCUACCCGCCUCAUGUUUGCAAUUUCAUUCCUCACACCCCUGGCUGUUAUUUGUGUGGUGAAAAUUAUCCGGCGAACAGACAAGACUGAAAUUAAAGAAGCCUUCUUAGCAGUGUCCUUGGCUCUCGCUUUGAAUGGAGUCUGCACAAACACUAUUAAGUUAAUAGUGGGAAGACCUCGCCCCGAUUUCUUUUACCGCUGCUUUCCAGAUGGAGUGAUGAACUCGGAAAUGCACUGCACGGGUGACCCUGACCUGGUGUCCGAGGGCCGCAAAAGCUUCCCCAGCAUCCACUCCUCCUUUGCCUUCUCGGGCCUCGGCUUCACGACGUUCUACUUGGCCGGCAAACUGCACUGCUUCACGGAGAGUGGGCGGGGGAAGAGCUGGCGGCUCUGUGCGGCCAUCCUGCCCUUGUACUGCGCCAUGAUGAUCGCCCUGUCCCGCAUGUGCGACUACAAGCAUCACUGGCAAGAUUCCUUUGUUGGCGGCGUCAUUGGCCUCAUAUUCGCUUACAUUUGCUACAGACAGCACUACCCUCCCCUGGCCAACACGGCGUGCCACAAACCGUACGUCAGCCUCCGAGUCUCGGCCGCGCUGAAGGAGGAGAGGCCCACGGCCGACAGCGCGCCCAGCUUGCCUCUGGAGGGCAUCAGCGAGGGCCCCGUAUGACGGGUGGCCCGGGAGGAUGGACACUGAGCCCCCCUCCGCCCCGGGCACGCCCUUGCACCCUGACAUCAAAACGCAGUAGAACGAGUUUUCUGUAGUGUGUCUCUCACCUGUUGUUUCUCAAGGUUACCUUUCCACUCCUGUUUCACCGAUGGGGUUCCUGCUGCUCUCGGUGUCCACGUCCAAGGUUCUCCAGUUUGCAAGGGGAGGACACGGGACCAGUCCCCGAGGGACACGUGGCAGGGGGCUGCCAGGCCAGGCCAAGGUAGCUCGGCCGGUUCCUGUCUCUGAAA